UUAAUUGCUCUGUAAUAAAAACAAAUAGAGAUAAAAUUUCUAUAGAAAAGGAUAUAAAUAAUUAUGAUUCAGGUACAUCAUGGGUUCUUAUGGCCAUUAAAAAAGUGUGAAGUUCUUUCUGUGCUCGCGCUCAUUGUGGUGCCACCAGACGCUCCCUCAGCAUGCAGAACGAUGCCGGCGAGUUCGUGGACCUGUACGUGCCGCGGAAAUGCUCUGCCAGCAACCGCAUCAUAGGCGCCAAGGACCACGCGUCCAUCCAGAUGAACGUGGUCAAGGUUGACAAGGUGACAGGCAGGUUCAACAGCCAGUUUAAAACCUAUGCCAUCUGCGGGGCCAUUCUCAGGAUGGGCGAGUCAGAUGACUCCAGUCUCCAACUGGUCAAGGCUGACGGCGUUGUCUCAAAGAACUUCUGACUGGAGAGGAUCCUGGAUGUGGAACGUGUGUUAUAAAUAAAGAGUGAAAACCUAAA